UAUUAUAUUUAUAUUAACUAAUUAUUAUAUAACUAAAUAUUAUUAUUAGUUAUUAUAGUUUAUUUCUUAUUAUAGACAAACGCGUCAACACGCUAGUGGACAAUUUAUUUCUGGGGUUUGUGAAAAUCUGGCAAUAUUAUAGAGAUAUACUUUCGGUUUUUUUUUGUUAUAACAUUUACAGAAAAAACAUAAUUUUUUGAGACAGUAAAAAUGCUUCAAUUUUCUUCAACAGCAUAAUUUCUGGUUGGUACUUUUGGGUCAGAAUUUAACCUACUGUUGUAGUUACUAUAAUGCCUGUAAUAAUAGUAAUAAUAGUAAAAUAAAUUACUGUCAUCACAAUAAUAUCAUCAAAUAUACUUGGUAAUAUCAUAGAACAAUAAUAAUUGUAAUAUUAUAGACAGUCUUAUCGCUCAGAAUCGUUUUUCGUAGGUCGAGCGAGCCGACUUCCACUCAUCCGCUUUUUGUUCUCGAUGAUUUUAUAUUUGAAUAUUUGAUUCAUUACUUUACUAACCGUUCAAAGUCAUUUAGAUGAUAUCUAAUAUUAUCAUUUUUUUUUUAUUUAAUAAAUUUAAGUGUCAGCAUAUUUUAUCCUAUUACAAGUGUCAAUAGUGUCAACAAUUAUACAAUUUUACAAAAUACAAUGUUGUGUUAGUUGAUCUGAGUCGUAGUUGGUUAGGUAUAGAUCAGGAUAAAUUAUCAUUGUAUAGACUAUCACCUUUAUCAUAGUAUAGAUAGUUUUAAAUAAUAUAAUGAGAAAAGGAAAAAGAGAUACCUAAGAUAUAAUAGUUGAUAGCUAAACAUAAAUGUGCAUACAUUUAAUUAGAAUUAUCUGGUCGAUAAGACUGAUGAGAGAAGGGAGAUAAAGGGACUAACUAGUGAGUGUAAAUUUGAGAGAAUAUUGGCGAUUUUGUAUUCCCUGGGUGAGUUUUGAUUUUUGGUGGCUUCUGCAUACAGUCACACAGAUAUAUUAUACUGUAUAUACCUACUAUACUAUACUAUAAUAUACUAAAGGGACUCAGGGGCGGCUCCAGAGCCUUGGUUAAGGGGGGGGGCAAGUUAUAAUUUCACAAAAUCUUAUUACAAAAAGAAAACAACAAUUUUUACAACACAAAUUCAAGUCGUCUAUUUUUAGUCCAUUUACCCAGCAGGUAUACACCGUCAUACCUCUAUGGCCCAUAAUAGUCCAUAUAUGACAAUAUUAUAAUAAUUUAAUAUGUAUUUUUUGUUAACAAUAUACAUUUUUUAUAAAUACAGGCUUGGGGGGGCGCGGCCCUUAGCCGCUCACCUGGAGGGACUCUUGGGGGCUGGGGCUGUUUUUUGAAGAAAAAAAUGAAAUUAAAAAUGUCAUAUAAUUAACAUUAAGUCCUGAACGCCAUAAUAUAAUAUUAUAAUAUAUUUUUUAAUUAAAUGCAUUAUCCAAAGUAGGUACGUACGCAGUUUUAGUCAAUCAAAAACAAUGAUCAAUAAUAUUACAUGUAAAAAUCUCUUGCAGUAGCCAGUAGGUAUAAUUCAGCAUAUUAUUCUAUAAUUUGUCACAACGCCCGAGGUAACUUCGAUUGCCGUAUAUGUCUGGUUAAGUUGUUUAUAAGUGGAAAGUGUCGAGCAUGGUUUUGCUUGUGAUGCUUUUCAAGAACAUUUUUUGUUUACAUCACCAAGCCACAAUACGUCCUUGUCGAUUGAAGUCCUGAAUAAUAUCCUAGUCCAUGGUUUCAUCCUACUAUAGUAUAGAAGCACCGUUUCACCGGCCCGGCAUGAUUAUUGAUUACCAGAGAACUGUUUGAGUACGACCACGGUACAACGGUACAGCGUGGCGGGAACCGUCGUUCGGGUCAAGAUUGAACCGCUUCGCGCAGCAGACCGAGCCGCCGAUCACUGCCUGGCAUAAUACAGCUCACAAGCUCACUACGUAUACAGCUGCAGUUUCAUGGCGGCUCUGUGUCUAGUUUGUGGUGGGGAUGCGCGUACAAAACGUGUUUCGAGGAUUGAAGAGUGGUUCAAUCUUGAACUGAAAUACUGAAUAGAGAUUAAUGUUUAUUAUUUACGUUAUACAUAAUGUUGUACUUUAAAGUUCUAAGUUAUAGUUUUUGAGAAAUGUUUCAAAUUAAUCGUAGUUCGCAGAAUGUUCAUCAGCUUUUCGUACGGAUUUCGUAUUGGUGUGUUGAGAAAUCUAUUAUUUUGUUGAAGUAAUUAAUUUUUAUUUGUUGACUAAUUAUUGUGUUCAAUUAGUUUUUCCCAAGUUACUAUGUUUACAUAAUGACGUUGAAGUGGGUUUUGACUCGAAUUCUUAUGUUAUUGCAACGUGUUGGACACCUGCAAUAUUAUAAGAAUCUAUGGAUUCUUAAACUAAUUUAUAUUAAUAGUGUAAUAACUAAUUAAAAUAAUUCACAAGUAAUAUCUUAUUUUAUAUUUGUGUCUUACAUCAAUAUAUAUACUUGGUCAAUGAACAUGGUGUUAAUUGAACACCCAUAAAAUAUUGCUUAAAAGCAUGGGAUUCUUCGAUGGAGCAGAAAAAUGAUACAUUAGGAGUUGAAGAUGUGUUUAUGCUGCUUGAGACAUUAAAGUCUAAUGGUACAUUUGAUGAAAUCCGUAAGAAUUGUAUUACUGAUAUCUAUGCUAAGCUAACUUACCAAAAUUGGAAACAGCUCAUAGAAUCAAAUGUCAACAAAUUUUUAAGUAAAGUGAAAUUUACACCAGAAUUAAACAAAAACACUGUUCGAGAACGUCUUAGAAAACAUUUACUUUAUGGAUGUGAGACUCAAGAUAUUGAAGAAGGAGCUGAUAGAAUACUUACUCAAGUACUUGCACCCCAUUCAUUAAGUAUUUUUGAACAUAAAAUAGCGGUUGCUGUUGAUGAAUACUUGAGGAUCAAAAAUAAAACACCUCGAAUUGAACUAAACGGAUUAAAAGAAUCUAGUAUGAAUUUAAUAAAAGCAUCUAAUAUUGAAAUGAGCACUGUUCUCGAUCCCAAAAUAGAUUUUAUCCCAGAUGCUGAUAACAUGGUGUAUGAUAGAACACUAAAAGGUAAUAGAAAAAACUUGAGAUCAGGAAAAAAUGAAAAAAUCUUCAUUCUUUUUAAAGAGUGCAAAUCAUUGAAAGGCAAUCAAAGUGAAGAUACAAAUUGUGCAGGAGAAUCUUCAAAACAAAAUAGUAGCCAACACAAAACUUGUACAUCUGACAAGUCUAAGUCUUCCUCUAGUAAUCAUAAAAGUAGUAAAAAUGAUAAAAGUUGUAAAGAAGUUGUUGAAAAAUCUAAAAAUAUAGUUAAAAAAUAUAAAGAUGUCACUAAUAAUCCUAAAGAUUUUCUUAACAAGUCUAAAGAUGUUAUUAAGCCUAAAGAUAUUGUUGACAAAUCUAAGGAUAUUGUUAAUAAACCUAUAGACAUGGUUGAUAAACCUAAAGACAUCGUUGAAAAAUCUAAAGAUAAUGUUAAUAAGCCUAUAGACAUUGUUGAAAAGUCUAAGGAAAAAUCAUUUUUGUCAAAGAAUUCUAAUAGUUCAAGUCAUAAAAAUAACCAAACAGAUAGGAAAACAACUAAACGUUCUCUUGAAGAGAGAAAAAAGUCAUCUACUCUUUGUAAAGAGCCUAAAUUAUUGAACAGUAAUCAAAAUGAUAAUGAAAGUAAUUCAGGAGGAUCUUCAAAACAAAAAAGUACCAUACACAAAAAUAAAAGUUCUUCGUCUGACAAGACUAAGUUGUCCUCAAGUAAUCAUAAGAGUAGUGGAAGAGAUAAUAAUACUACAGACGUUGUUGAUUGGUCUAAAGGCAAAUCUUUGUCAAAGAAUUCUACUAGUUCUGAUAUUGAUAAGUAUGAAAAGAGAUCUUUGUCAAAAAAUGCUUGUUUUAUAGACAUCGUUGAUAAAUCUAAAAACAUAAUAUCUUUGUUGAAGAAUUCCAGUAGUACAGAUAUAACUGAUAAGUAUAAAAUCAAAUCCUCUUUAAUAAAAAAUACUAGAUGCACACGUGUCAUUGAAAAGUCUAAGGAUAAAUCUUUGUCAAAGGAUUCUAGUAGCUCAAGUCAUAUAAGUAAGCAUACUGACACUAAAAGGCUUAAACUUUCUCCAGUGGAAAAAAUUAAAUCACCUACUAAUAAAGUUAGUGAUGAAGAAAUUAAACCAGAAGAACCAGAAAAAUCUGGAUUGAAUGAUUUUCGAAAUUCUAUUCAUUCUAACAAUGGCAUAGAUAUAAUAAUGAAGGAUUCUGCGAGUACCUUAUCCAAUCAAAUAUUACACGAGGAAAUUGAAAAUAAUGGUGCAAAAGUAUUGGAUAAUGACAAAUCACUUUAUACCUUUAAAGGAUUUUCUAAAGCGGAUGCUAUUCCAUGUAAAAAUGAUCAACUAUUAAAAAAUGUGAUCAAAACCUUACAAGUACAGAUGAAUAAUCUUGAUAAAAUUGAAGAUGGUUUCAAAGGAUUUAUCAGUGCAGAAAUAAAUCCGUGUAAACAUCGAGAUAUUGUUUAUGCGGAGCUAAUUAAAAUGAAAGAAAGUAAAUACAGUACAGGUUUUAUAGGAUUCUCCAAAGAAGAUACCGCGAUAAGUAUUGGACAUAAACAUGUCGUUAAUCUACUUCAACUUUCCAAAAAACAAAAUAAUAUAGAUAAUUAUCAACAAAAUGUGAAGUGUGUUAGGAAUGGAAUCCAGAAUGGAAAACCGUUUAAUGAAGUUAUGGCAGUACAUUUAUAUAAGAGUAACAAUGAUAAUGAUGCAAAGUCAAAAAAGAAUUACAGCCCACCAAUUAAUGAUACAAAAAAAGAUAGUCCUACUGUAAUUAAUAAUAAUCACAAUCAUGACAAUUGGGUUGUUGAGCAAGAAAUUAAAUAUAAACUUUUACCUGUAAAAGUGAAACUUGAAAGACUCACAUAUGAAUGUAAUAAUGCUAACUGUGUCUGACUCUUCACAGAUACCCAUAUAAUUAACAGUAGAAAAUAACAUUUAUAACAAGAAUCGUUUUUUCAAUUAUUUGAAAAAAAGGAUCAGAAAGAAAAAUAUUUGUUUAAUGGAUAUGAUCAACAACAGAACUCUAAACCUAUUUAAAAUAUGACUGUUCAAUUACAAUAUAUAUUUUUUAGGUAUUUAUAUAAUUUCUUUAAUUCAGUACCUGCGUUUAUAUUUUAUUUAUUAUGCUGUUCAAUAUCAUGCUAUUUAAGGAAAUCAAAUUUAAUUAAAUAAUUUAUAAUAA